AUGGCCCCAGAGAGGGAGCUUCAUAAGUUCCCAAAAGGAGAACGCUGUGAAUUUUGCGGCUCUCGCAAGUGGUAUCUCGAAAAUGGCUUGAGAUACUGCGCCAAGGAAGGCCACCAACUUCAAGGCUAUGUUGAAUUUGACCUCGGUGAUGAAGACUUUGGCCAGAAAGGUCGGGUGGCUCGGAAGGAGAAACAGACCAAGGAGCGAAUCAGACGAGUGCUCUCCGGUCAACAAGCACGAGAUCUGUAUCUUGAGUGUCUGCAACUUAUUCUCAGAGAGCAGGUAAUGUGGCUGGUUACCGCAAAGGGGCACAAACCAGAACUAGAGACGGUCGUCCGCGAUCUUUGGGAUCUCCGCACCUGCGGAGCUGCGACAGCCACUCAAGACGACUCGGCCUCGGAAGGAGAGCCCUCGCUAUUCAGCUCGCAACUCGACCUUGGUCAGGAUGAGCACCACCAGUCUCGGAACAGACGAGCACAGAGCUGGACCGCAGAGAAUGGGAGCGAAUGGCCGGCACCCCGGGUGAUCGACACCUUGGGCCUCUGCUUCCUCGGGUGCAUGCUGCUAAGGAUACCCACGCGCAUUGGCGAUCUGUGCAAUUGGGCGAGAGGGGGAAGCAUCCCCUACAAAGAAGCUGUUGGUACAACGUUCAACCAUUUUCGGAUAUUCUCUGACCAGUCACAGUAUCGCCAGUUGCCUCAGGAGAUGCGUGAUAGGCUGCCAACUUGGUACACAAUACCACUCAAAUCAGCAAACCGGGCCGCGUUCGGCAAUGGGGAACUGCACGCUUCAGUCAUGAAUUUGGCCUUGUCGUAUCAUCUCAAUCACAGCAUUAUCUUUCCCCCGCUUAACGAUGUCCUGAUGACAUUGCAGUACGUCCGAGAAUUGGGCUUGCCUGUUGAGACGGUAGCAAUCGCGCGCCGCGUACCGCCAAUCACCAAUCUGAACUUCAGUUUUCCACUAGAGAGGACCCGAGUCCGUCUCAUAAACCAGCCAGAAGUUCUCCUCGUCACCAUCCUUGUCCUUGCCACCAUGCACUGUUUCCCGUUCGAGGACAGCAUGCCAGCUCCCCAAGACGAGAACAACUUUAUCGUGCCUAAGCUCGACUGGAAAGAGUGGAAAAGGAUAAUGAAACCGGCCUUGGCUGCAGAUGAAGCUACGUCUACCGUUAACUACACAGAUAUCACGGCGUCCGAAAUUACAUCGAUGGGCCCGAAAGAGCUAGACGAGUACUUUGCACAUCUAUCACUGCUUACUGAAGCGCAAACCGAAGAGACGCUACUCGCGAGAUACUUCCCUGUAGAUGAGCAAGUUUACAGGCAGACAGUGUCCGAGACAACAGGAGAUGAGAUGAUCGUCAGGCUGCGCGCUAUUCAAAAACAGGCUGCGUCGUUCGCCGACCCGGAUGAACAAGACAGUCAAGGGGAGGAAAGCUUGCGAAUAAGUCGAUAUCACUCGUAUAAAUCUGAGGAAGAUCUACCUCCAAUAGGCAGAGACUUCUUCCAACUCGCGGCGCGGCUGGCAGGGCUGUCCGUUCCUAUGCUGAUGCGAGCCGUAAACAUGCUCGAGGGCCACAUUGUGACCUGGCAAAAGGAGCAACGCAGGGCAGCCAGCGAAAGACGCGAGCGAUCGCGGUCUUUUGUGAACAUGGAGUCGGAUACUGAGCAGCCAGCAACGUACACUGAUUAA